AUGUCGGAAGAAAUUUCUUGUGUAAUUACAAUGAUAUCUCAUGGUGACGAUAUUAUAGAUAUAACUUCUGAAGAUGUACAAGACUUUAUAAGUUUCGAUUUGCAUCUCGAAACUGACAUUGCACUUCACAGUUAUAGAUGUCAAGAAUGGUAUGUCAAUAUAAAAUCAUCUGAAUUUAAUUCAAUACUACAAAAAUGUAAAUCAAAUUGUGUUGGUAAAGAUUAUGACUUAAUAUUACAAAAAUCUGAAGAUCAAAAGAAUAAAAAAUUAUUUGUAUUUGAUAUGGACUCAACUUUAAUAUAUCAAGAAGUUAUUGAAUUGAUUGCAAGUUAUGCAAAUAUAGAAGAUAAAGUUGCAGAAAUAACGGAAAGAGCAAUGAAUGGAGAAUUGGAUUUUAAUGAAAGUUUAAAAGAAAGAGUACAGCUAUUGAAAGGUAUAGACUCAACGAAUAUAUGGAAAGAAUUGAAAGAAAAAAUUGAAAUUACAAAUGGUGUAAAACCUUUGGUUAAAGCUUUGAAAAAACUUGGAUGUACAUUAGCCGUUUGUUCUGGUGGUUUCACACCAUUAGCUGAACAUAUAAAAGAAGAAUUAGGAUUAGACUACGCAUAUGCAAAUAAUUUAGGAGUUGAUGAAAAUUUAAUCUUAAAUGGUGAAACAAUAGGAAGAAUAGUCAAUGGUGAUAUAAAAGCAGAAUUAUUAUUAGAAAUUGCUAAAAAGCAUAAUAUAGAUCCUAAACAAGCAGUAGCUAUUGGUGAUGGAGCAAAUGAUUUGAAAAUGAUGUCUGUUGCAGGUUUUGGUAUUGCUUGGAAUGCAAAACCGAAAGUUCAAUUAGAAGCUCUUGCUUGUUUAAAUACUAAAUCUUUAUUAGAUGUUUUAUAUAUUAUGGGGUAUAAUGAAAAACAAAUUGAAGAAUUAAUAAAAUAG